AUGCCCCUGUCGCCUGAAGAGGGUGCACGGACUCGUCAUGUCGUCAUGGACCCGCUAGCUGCGCUGCGACGCUGCCUCCAGUACGUGUGCAGCCACCCCGAAGUCUAUGGCGAUGAUGUCCGCGGUCUCCUCGACCGCGAGGUGAUGCACGUGGUGCGCCUCAAAGCUUCGGAGGUGGCGCUCACCAACGGAGAACGACCGCUUCUCGUCGACCCACUGGAGAGUAGCGGUGUCCGUGAAGCUGCUCGCGCUCUCACCGGAGUGCCAGCGCUGCCUACGAUCCCUGCUCAAUCGACCGCAAGCAACGGUGCUCUACCGGGCACUGUUUCCGCUGGCGACUUGUUCGGCUACGGCAGCGUCUCUUUUCUGCCUGCCGCCUCCGUCGGCUUUAGCGCACUGCUACAGGACUCGCGAGCUGACUGGCGACGGGUGGAUCAGGCCGGUAGCGGUCGCUACUCGGACGGAAGAAAGACGUUUUUUGGCGGCUUUUCAUCCACGACAUCGUCUCCUCCGGUGCUGCGUCUCUCGCGGGAUGAGAGCAUUCAGUGGAAUGACACCCUGCCACCCUCCUGUGCGCCAGCGAACCCGCGCGGUAUCCGUAACAUUGCGCUAGACUCGGUGAGGAAUGAUGAAGCCGUGAAGAGCAGUGCCUUUUCUGAGGACAUCGCCAUGGACGGCGGCGGAACGCACUCGGACGAGACUUUCCAAGCAUCGCCGUCCCUGCCGCGUGGCGGCGCGUGUGAGGUGCACGAUAGGUUCAACACACAGGACCAGAAUUUUGCCCUUGACCUCCGCGAGGGCACGCCAAAUAACCUGGCCGCAGCGCCUCCCAGCGCCUUCUGCGCGGCAGACGGCACGGUGUUGUUAGUGGAUCAGGAGGGAUACGAGGUGACGUACCUGCGCGCGCAGCUGCAGCAGCUGGAAGCCGCGUUCAACUUCAAGUGUGUGCGGCUGCACGAGCUGGAGGUGGAAAACCGGCACUUCGCCGAGAAGAUGAAGACAUCGGAGGAGGCGACGGCUCGCUGGGCAGCGCAGCACCACGCCAUGAAAGGCCAAGUGGAGGUAAUGCGGCGAGAACUGGAUGGCUGGAAAGACCGGGCCAACGACGCUGUGACAGCGGCGACAAAGAAGAGUAAGCAGCAGAACCAACGGGCAAAGCAGAUCGUUUAUAGCCAGCUUAGCGACGCGAAGCAGGAGAUUGUCCGGCUGGGCCAGCUGUGGCGCGAGACGGAGCGAGCCCUGCAAGAGACCCGUCGCGCCUUCGAGAACACAGAAAAGGAGGCCAUCGCUGCGCACAACCACCUCACCGACGUAUUUCAUUACCUAGAGCGACUGGAGCGGCGAAUUGCGCGUCGUGACGCAUACGUGUCCCUGUGCGAACGGCGACAGCGGUCGCUGGAGGAGAAGUAUGAGAAGCUGCGGUGGGGCUACGAAGAGCUUUGCACGCUAGACGGGCGUUACUCGUAUGUCGACUACAUGCUCACCACAAAGCCGUUGUGGUCCGUGUACAUGUUCGUGCGUCUUGCGCGGCACCAGGGAGACUACGUGGCGCUUGAGAAUCCAAUGGAGGUGCAGCAGCGACUGCUGCUCAUGGUGGAGGAGGCAGAGAAAGGUCGAGAGGCAGCCCCAGAGGCUGCCGCCGCCACUCUUGCGGCCAUGGAGCCGUUGUACGGACUGAUGUUCAGCCGGUCACCGCAGGGCGGCCGUCUUGUUGCACAGGAGUACGACUUCCGCCUCGUCUUCCGCACCAUGGUCGACGAAACGACAACUGAUCUGAGUCGCCGCGGUCGACCGAAGCAGCUGCGCACCACCCUGCACGGGUCGGUGGCGUGCCGUGUCAUCCGAUGGCACGAACGCUACAGCAUCGACUACCUCAGAGGCCAAGACGAUGAACCGGAGAGUGCGGAAUUGCACCGCAAGUGUGUGCCGCUCCUGACUCUUGCCUCUGUGCUGCUGCCGCUACGUUCGCACACGGGGGCGAUCCUGCUGCGACCGCCGCCGGUGGAAGCCGCAGCUCCCUCAGCGGAAGUGGCGGAUUCCACGGCGCCAGAGCAAGCGCCGAGGGCUGAGGAGGAGUGUGUGCAAACUCUCCUCUCAACGACGUCAAACAAACGCCACUACGACGAGGGUAUGAUUCGCUUUGUGCUUCGCUGCUUCUGGAAAGAGCGACUGUCAGCCUUUUCGCAGCAGAUGAACGCGCGCGUGAGCGCUGUCAACGAGAAGCUGGCACGCAAGCGCGAACUUGAGGGUGCCGUGCAAAAUGGAAUGACCGGGAAGAGGCUCUCGCUAACCGGUGAAUGUCUGCCUACCGCGUACCAGAACAACGACUCCGCCGACGACAGCGACGAUGACGAAGACGACGUCGGCGUGAAUCAAACGUUCCUGGCUGCCCUUGUCGACUUCUCGACGCGCUUCGCCGCGCAGCAAGCGGGUGCGGCUAUCACGGCGCCCACGAAUGCUGGUGUUCCACCUAGCAAGGCAACCCUUUUGAAUGUGCGUGGCGUGCUCACCCGCGGGGCAUCCGACACGAAACUAGGCGGCAGGUUUGCGGCCAACACCUCCUCUCCCGACUCAAAGGCAGCACUUGACUCGGUGUGGGAGAGUGGUCGCAUCUUCUUCGCUGUGGUGCUACAGCCGGGCAAAUCCGCACCGGCCAAGCGGGACCCCACCUCGCCGACGAAUGAUGUGCCGACCCCAGAGGAGGUGAGCAUUCUUGCUGAGGAGGCGCGCGAGAUGCUGGCGGCGCUCUACUACUACACGCUGGAGUACAAAGACUUGGACCCGGACUUCCGUCUCUUUUACCUCGUCGCGCAUCAGAUGGUUCCGGAGAUGGUGGCGGUGAACUUCUUUGCCGGUCUCGAAGCCUUUCAGCUUGAGAGCGUGGCGCUGUUGGAGUGGCGGCUGCAGUGCCUUUCGGGUGGCAUGCACAGCGGUGCGACUUGCACAGGCGCCGGGCAGCCGCCCAGCUCACCCACCAUGCCCAAGGAAGUGGAGGACCCGCUGAUGGCGCUUAUGCGCGUCGUGGACGUGACUGACGAUGCUCUGCUGGACGGCGAGGAAGAGGAUAUUGAGACGGACAGCGACGGUGAUGGCUACGGCAGCAUCUUACCCUUUCACGCAAGUGCGGAGACACAGGUACGUCACUCCACAGCGUCGUCCGCGACGACGGGGCAGCGACAGGAGGGGAGGAGGGAGGAGUCCUUCACGGAAGAGACGCAGUCGUCCGUGCUGCCAAUGUCGCAGCGCACCCGCGAGUUGCGACUUCUGCAUAACAUCCGCGCCUACCUGCGCGAGCGGCGGGGGUUUAUGCAGGCCGAACAGGGCGAGGAACUUGGCGACGGCGACGCGGAGCUGAAUGACCAUGCGGAGAACACCACUGGGGCUCGUCUCGCCGCCUUCUCGUUUGACGAGGCACCGCCGGAGUGGACGGCGCUGGAGGAGCGGGUACUGAACGUUCUCGGUCCGCACGCGGCGCUGCUGGAUACGUUCCGCCACCACUACCGGAAGCAGAAGAUCGAAAAUGCUGCGCAAGUCAAGGGAAAGCCGGCGAAGCCUGGAAAGGAGCUCGACUACCUGCGCAGAAACCGAUCAGAGCGCAAGCGUCGGCACGAGAGAGCCAAAUAUCUGAGCGCGACGCGAGGCCUUCUGACCGCAGACGAUGUUCUCGCGUCGGUGCAACGCCACUGCCUCGCGACGUACGCCGUCUCGUGCUGCGGCACGCCUCGUUUCUCCCUUCUGCGCUCCUUAUUCUGUCGUAGCAAAGGCCGGAGCCCCGAUUCCUCAUCCGGACUCGACCCGUACGCGAUUGUCGGGCAUCUACCUCUCACCAGGCUUCACCUGCAGCGGCUGCGCUUCGCGCUGUCGCUGGAUCAGCCCUCCCAUCUAAUCCGCCCUUCCGCCCUGUUCACUGUGGACCCGGUAACAAAGUCGAACAGUCACUUCUAUGAUGCCUACCUCACCAUUGUGCUCGACGUGUUUGAACAGCAGCAGUCCUUCCUCAUGCACAGUGUGCUGCGGUGCUGUGCCGCACGCCAUGAGUUGUAUGCCGCCGAAGGCGCCGAAGACUGUGACGGCCUGAUCCCGAUAGCGUGCCUCAAGAAGGGCCUGACAGCUGCCUUUUCGACCAUCAACGGCACAUCGCAGCAUGCGCUAGCCGUGCUGAACCAUUUGGUGCAGUACGAUGAGCUGCUUCGCCUUGAGGAUGAGGUGAGGUUUGAGCAAUUCACCGACGCGCCACUGCUGCUGAACGUGCCGCCGCGUUAUGGGCCAGGCCGCUUCACAGCUGACGUCCGUGUCAGCGUGGAGCACGGCCCCGGCGACGCGGCGGACCAGGGAAAAUGGAACCUGCGCGAGGAGGCGGACAGCUGCUCACUGCUGAACAUCGCCUUCGCUCUCCGCAUGAGCUACAUUGUGUGGGGUAAGGUGAGCGCCGGCACCGCCGAGGCGCUUGUCCAUCGCAUCGUCAAGCAUGCGGUGCCAGUGUGCUGCUCCGACGUCGUCCCAGGCGAUGCAGUGUUGGCGGUGCCCGCGGCUGCAAUGCACAAGGACGCCACAGUGGUGGAGGAAUUUGCCGAGUGGGACAUCUUCGACCAAAUCACGCGACAACAGUACGCCCGAGCACUGAUGCGGCUGAAAAAGGGUCACAACGGCGAUGCAAACCCGCUGCGUCGCACUCUCUCAGCAUUGCAAACGGAGCUUCUGCGACCGGCAUUGAAACUCAGCAACCGGGCAAGGGUUGGUGCUAGCAUCUCUCUCUCGCCGGGGCUCGUCGACGUUGACGCCCUGUACCCCGACGUCGCAUGCGUGUGGGUGACAAAGAAGGUGCUUGUCGAAACUCAGAAGCACAUGGAAAGGGCUGCAGCUGCCGUUUCCGCUAAGGGCGCGGGCGCAUCCGGCAAGGGCAAAAAGAAGCGCCACCUAUCGCAGCUGCGCAAGUCUCUCCUCAGCGUGCAGACGGUCGCAAACGGCAAUGACAGUGCAGGUGAGGAAGGGCAGGUGCCGGACUAUGGGCUCUUGAGCCUCGUGCGUGCACUCGGCUUUGCGCCGCCGUUGUCGACGAGCGUGUCUGGAGUCGGUGGCGCCGCGGCGAACAUGAAAGGCGGAGGCAAAAAGAGCGGUAAGAAAAGCGGUGCCUCAAAGAACAGAGCCGUGCUAGAGACUGGGAUUCCAGCAUAUGUGCAGCAAGAGUACAGCGCGAACUUGUCCGUGCAGCUGCAGGACCUCGCUGCGCGCGUGGCUUCGUUGACGCCGUUCAAUUUGAACAGCUUCCCUGGAGACAUGUCAGUUGUUGGAGAUCUCAGUGUCAACAUCGAAGGAGCGACUCCAUCGCGGAAUAAUUUAUCCAUGCCAGGUCCAUCUGGUGAAGCGCCGACGCCAGGGAAUGCACCGUCGCGUAUGCACUCUGUCAGCUUUGCUCGAAAAUCACUGCAGAGCACUUCACAGAGCAAACUUCACAAGAAAGUCCCCGGUGAGACGCCUGCCAAUACCCAACGAAAUUCCGUGGAGCCGCAUGCGCUGGCGCCGACGUGGGUACCUUUGUUCCCAGGCUCAUCGUCAACGUUGGACGACGUAGGGGCGUCUCUGUCGGGUAGCGUGCCGAUGGAUGUGUCCAAGCUCUACACUAUUUGCGCCGCUCUGAGUAUGACCUAG